AUGUCUGACAAUUCAGAAGAUCAAAACCCUAGAGAUGCUGGUAACAUGUGUUUGGAAUUGGCUUUGGAAGGUGAAAGACUUUGCAAAGCAGGAGACUGUCGUUCAGGGGUUGCAUUCUUCCAAGCAGCUGUUCAAGCAGGAACUAAUGACUUACGUACUCUUAGUGCCAUAUACAGUCAAUUAGGCAAUGCUUAUUUUUAUUUAGCGGAUUAUCCAAAAGCAUUGCACUUUCAUAAGCUUGAUUUGGCUUUAGCAAGAACACUGGGAGAUAAACCAGGUGAAGCUAAAUCUAGUGGAAACUUGGGAAAUACUUUGAAAGUAAUGGGCAAUUUUGAUGAAGCUAUGAUUUGUUGUAAACGUCAUUUAGAAAUUGCUAGAGAAUUAGGAGAUAAAUUGAGUGAAGGACGAGCCUUAUACAAUUUGGGAAAUGUGUAUCAUGCUAAGGGUAAACAUAUAGGAAGAGUAGGUCAGCAAGAUCCAGGAGAGUUUCCAGAAGAAGUAAAAGUUUGCAUAGAACAAGCUGUUAAAUAUUAUGAAGAAAAUUUAAAACUAAUGAAAGAGCUCAAUGAUCGUGCAGCUGUUGGUCGAGCUUGUGGUAAUUUAGGAAAUACCUAUUAUCUGUUGGGUAACUUUAAGGAAGCCAUUCAAUAUCACGAAGAGAGAUUGAAAAUUGCUCGAGAAUUUGGUGACAAAUCAGCUGAGCGCAGAGCUAAUAGCAAUUUAGGAAAUUCUCAUGUUUUUCUUGGUGAAUUUGAAGAAGCAGCAGAUCAUUAUAAGAGAACAUUGAUCCUGGCUCAAGAAUUGGAAGAUAGAGCAGUUGAAGCUCAAGCGUGUUAUAGUCUUGGAAAUACUUAUACAUUAUUGAGAGAUUAUAAUACAGCAGUUGAUUAUCAUUUAAGACAUUUAGACAUAGCUCAAAAAUUACAUGAUAGGAUUGGCGAAGGAAGAGCUUGCUGGAGUUUAGGAAACGUAAAUCUAGCUUUAGGAAAUCACGAAAAAGCAUUAUAUUUUGCUUCUAAACACUUGGAAAUAUCAAAAGAAAUUGGUGAUACAGUUGGUCAAGCAACUGCACAGAUAAAUAUAGUUGAUAUCAAAAAAUCUUUGGGUAUGUCAAAUGGACAACUUUCACCAGACAGUAAAGAAUUGUUGGAUACCAUUUCUAACACACAGCCUUCACCUCAACUACGACGUUAUCGGGUGAGGCGUCAGAGCAUGGAACAGCUUGAUUUACUUAAGUUGACUCCAGACAACAAAAGUAAAUUACCCAGCUCUAACGACAAGAUUUAUCAAUCUACUUCAUCAGUUUCCAAAAAGUCUGAAAAAACUGAAGAUGAUCCAUUCUUUGAUUUGUUGUCACGAUUCCAAGCUGGACGCAUGGAUGAUCAACGUUGUACUCUUGGUUCCUCAAGAAAUUUAGAAGAUAAAGAAAAUCAAAAUGCGAACAAAUUAAUUGCCCAAAUUGGUGGACAUGUUGAAAGUCAAGAUGAUUUGUUGGACAUGAUAGCAGGUAUGCAGAGUAAGCGUAUGGAUGAACAACGAGUAGAAUUGGAACAACUUCCUGGCAUUGCAAAACCAGAUAGUGAACCUGAUGAUAACUUCUUAGAACUUCUUAUGCGAUGUCAAGGUGAACGGUUAGAAGAUCAACGCAGUGAGCUUCCUGUGUCCAACAUUAGCAGUGAUGGAGAGUCACAACGUACACCAAACCGAGGACCAACUGUACCUGAUGAAGACUUUUUUACAUUAAUUAUGCGCCUUCAAUCGGGUCGUAUGGAAGAUCAACGAGCAAGUGUUCCAAUGCCAAAACGAAAUUAA